UCUCUGUGGCGGAGACAGCCAGGUUGGCAGCUGACAGGACGGCCGGGGCCUAUUUUGUUGCGGGUUUUGAGCAAAUCCAGGCCUGGUCUGGAGGCGCGAAGUAGGUUCCGGGGUCCGAGACCUGGGCUGCCGGCCGCGGGCCCCUGAGUAGGGGGUGGGGCGGGAUCACCGGGCUUGGGCCGUGCUCAGUGUGCGUGAGCGCCGCGUGCCCGGAACCCGUGUGCGGUCGCGCCCCGGGGUUGGGGGUCGGCGUGGGUGGCCCUCGGGCGCCGGGACGCCGUCCGGGGAUUCCUGCGGCGUGGGUUUGAGGCGCGGUGAUCCGGUGCGGUCCCUGGGCUGGUGGAGAGCGGGAGGGCCCGGGCGUCCGCAAUCCCGAGCUGACCUCGCCCUGGGUCGUCCAGGGUUGGAGCCCAGGCAUACAGAACGAUGGAGUAUAUGACAGAAUCCACCGACCGCAGCCCUGGACACAUCUUGUGCUGUGAGUGUGGUGUUCCGAUAAGUCCAAAUCCUGCCAAUAUUUGUGUGGCCUGUUUGCGAAGUAAAGUGGACAUCAGCCAAGGUAUUCCGAAACAAGUCUCGAUUUCGUUCUGCAAACAAUGUCAAAGGUAUUUUCAACCACCAGGAACUUGGAUACAGUGUGCUUUAGAAUCCAGGGAACUUCUUGCUUUGUGCUUGAAAAAAAUCAAAGCCCCUCUGAGUAAGGUACGGCUUGUAGAUGCAGGCUUUGUUUGGACUGAGCCUCAUUCUAAGAGACUUAAAGUUAAACUGACUGUUCAGAAAGAGGUGAUGAAUGGUGCUAUCCUUCAACAAGUGUUUGUGGUAGAUUAUGUUGUUCAGUCCCAAAUGUGUGGAGAUUGCCAUAGAGUAGAAGCUAAGGAUUUCUGGAAGGCUGUGAUUCAAGUGAGGCAAAAGACUUUGCAUAAAAAAACUUUCUACUAUCUGGAACAGUUAAUUCUGAAAUAUGGAAUGCAUCAGAAUACACUUCGUAUCAAAGAGAUUCAUGAUGGUCUGGAUUUUUAUUAUUCCUCAAAACAACAUGCUCAGAAGAUGGUCGAAUUUCUUCAGUGUACAGUUCCCUGUAGAUACAAAGCAUCACAAAGACUGAUCUCUCAAGAUAUCCAUAGUAACACAUACAAUUACAAAAGCACUUUUUCUGUGGAAAUUGUUCCAAUAUGCAAGGAUAAUGUUGUCUGUCUGUCUCCAAAACUGGCACAAAGCCUGGGAAAUAUGAACCAGAUUUGUGUGUGUAUUCGAGUAACCAGUGCCAUUCACCUCAUUGAUCCAAACACCCUACAAGUUGCAGAUAUUGAUGGGAGCACUUUCUGGAGUCACCCUUUCAAUAGUUUAUGUCAUCCCAAACAGCUAGAGGAGUUUAUUGUGAUGGAAUGCAGCAUAGUCCGAGAUAUAAAACGUGCUGCAGGUGCUGGAAUGAUAUCAAAAAAGCAUACCCUUGGGGAAGUCUGGGUACAGAAGACAUCUGAAAUGAAUACAGAUAAACAGUAUUUUUGUCGUACUCAUUUGGGACAUCUUCUAAAUCCCGGAGACCUGGUGUUAGGGUUUGAUUUGGCCAACUGUAACUUAAAUGAUGAGCAUGUCAACAAAAUGAACUCAGAUAGAGUUCCAGAUGUGGUAUUAAUCAAGAAGAGCUAUGACCGGACCAAACGUCAGCGUCGUAGAAACUGGAAACUGAAAGAGCUUGCAAGAGAGAGAGAAAACAUGGAUACAGAUGAUGAAAGGCAAUACCAAGAUUUUCUUGAAGAUCUUGAAGAAGAUGAGGCAAUUAGAAAAAAUGUCAACAUUUACAGAGAUUCAGCCAUCCCUGUGGAAAGUGACACAGAUGAUGAAGGAGCACCUCGAAUUAGUCUGGCUGAGAUGCUUGAAGACCUUCAUAUUUCCCAAGAUGCCACUGGUGAAGAAGGUGCAUCAAUGAUGACAUAAUGAGAUGUUGUAGACUGUUUACACAUACAUGGGCUUAAGAAGUUGGACAGAAUUACCUUAAGUGUCUCUACUAUCUAUGCCUCCAGAUUUCAAGAGGAGAAAUUUUGUUUUAAACCUGAAUAAACAUGUUGUUUUGAGUGCUCACUCAAACCACUAAAAAAGAUGGAUAGCUUUGAAGUUAGAUAAGAAAAGAUUAUGGAGAAUGUAAUUAUUAUUGAUAUUUAGGCUAUUUUACAUGUGGAAUUUUAUCACUGUGCUUUUUAUAUGAAGCACUGUAUUAUUUUCACAUAGUAUAGUACUCUGGAUGUAAAAGCUCAAAAAUUGUGAUUCCUUGAACGUUCACUAAAUCUUAAAGCAAAAACACAUUUUUACAUCAUUUUUACGUUAUUUUAGUGAAAGACCGUAUGAAGAAGCAUUUUUAAUAUUGUUACAUACUUUGAUCCACUUUACAUCAUUUUUAUGUUCUUGAGGUAGGGAAAUUAGGGUUCAGUUUAUCACUGGACAUUCAGGAGGCAAGUCAAUCUUUUUUAUUUCCUUGUAAAAUUAACUCUUCAAAAGCUGUUAAACAGAGAGUUAUCUUAAUUUUUAUUGCAGUAGGAGGAAAUAUAUUUAAAAUAUUUGUAGAUUUAUAGCAAAUAGAGACUCGUUAUUUAAAGGUUAAAUAACAAUUUGUUCUUUUGUUGUUUUUGCCAGUUUAGGGCAGUAGCUGUUUUUGUCAUAAAUAUCUUCCUACCACAUCGAAAAUGCUGCUUUUAAAAUUUUUGUUUAUAAAUUGAGAAGGAAUUUUCUGUCUAUAAGUUUCUGUCGUUGAACACAUCACCAUCAAAAAGAAUAUUAGAAUCCAGCAUGAAGAUAAUGGCUAAUAAAAAUGAGGUAUAUACUUUAUAAAACCAUUAAUCAGAUUUGAAUGAGGAAUGCUUUCCACAUCCUUGAAAGAAAAACUGUGGCUUACGUUUUGAAGUAUUCUGAGAAUGAAGUAUUAAGAUCCAAUUUCUAUAAGCAAGAUCAGACUUAUUAAGCAUGCUGCAAGUAAGAGCUAAUUCAUUCAUUCUAUGUGUGCCACUAAAUAAAGAGAUUGAGCAAGUGCCACUGUGUGGAACAUUUUUCUUUUUUUAAUAUUGGACUUUCCAAUUUCGAAAUUAUGAAUAAAGGCCUAAAUUUUCUAUA